CCAGAGAGCACCAUAAAAAUCCCACCAGGCACAGACCUACUUCAAUCCUUUUUGUGAGUGGUUGAGAAAAGUCUGUGAGUGGUUGCGAAAAGUGAAAAUAAACGUAGUUCAAAACAUCACUUAGACAACAUGACUGGGAGAGAUGAGACCUCAGAGGGAAAGGCAAAGGUGAAGAUACUGACUCCCAGUGCCGGGAACGAGAAGUCAGGACGCUUCCAUGGACCUGCGAUGAGAUCCAAAGGUUUUGCCAUCACUGACCUUCUUGGUCUGGAAGCAGAGUUGCAGCCCCCAUCUGUGUCAGUGGCUAGCUGUGAAGGUCCAGGAGGUGGUCUUGGUGGGGUAUCCUUGGCGAAUGGCUCUCUGCCCCUUGGUUUGGGGUUUCUGUGUGGCUUUGCAUCUCAACAGCCCACUGGGACUACCUGUCUCCUCCCAACGCACAUCCCUUUUCUCCAGCCAAGAUCAGAACACCAGUAUCUCCACACCUCAGAGAAGCACAAGGAGAACAUAUCUGAUGAUGACAGCCUGGUAGGGGAUAAAAGCGACCUGAAAUCAUCUAACUCGCAGACUAAACGAAAGAAAAGGAGACACAGGACUGUAUUUACAGCCCAUCAACUUGAGGAAUUAGAGAAAGCUUUCAACGAAGCUCAUUAUCCGGAUGUAUAUGCCAGAGAAAUGCUUGCCCUAAAGACAGAGCUUCCUGAGGACAGAAUACAGGUAUGGUUCCAAAACAGAAGAGCGAAGUGGAGGAAGCGUGAGAAGUGCUGGGGACGAAGCAGCGUUAUGGCAGAAUAUGGUCUUUAUGGUGCAAUGGUGAGACAUUCAAUCCCUCUACCAGAGUCCAUCAUUAAUUCUGCAAAGAAUGGACUCGUGGGUUCCUGUGCUCCAUGGCUGCUGGGGAUGCACAAGAAAUCUGUGGAAAUAACCCGGAAAACCGACAUGGACGAGGUGGCAACAGAUAGCUUUAGGGGGGAUCAUCACGGUGAAGUUUUGUUAACCAAAUCAACAGAGACACAGAGAAGUACGCAAGAAAAGAGCAACGUGUUGGACACUUCUGAAGAGAGAGCCAUUGACCUCUCGAGCACAGCUAAACAAGAGAACCAGUGCAGCAUGAGACACAUCCCCAGUCGGAAUCAAUGUGACCUCACUGACAAUGAACACUAAACUGGUACUUAAAUCAGGCAUUCAGUGAACAGGACACGGGAGAGCAAAAAGGGUUGGAUAAAGUGGCAGUGCCAGCUUUUGCUGAUAUUAACUUCUUGUGUGCCAGAAAACUGGCCGGCACUGCUCAUCUGUUACUUAAAAGGUUAAAUAACAAUCACGGAUGCACACUAUUGCAAACAUAUUCAACAUCUUCUGUUUUAUUUACCUUUAUUUUUUU